GUUGCUGUCGCCAUUUUCUUGUCAACGAAGCGAACUGACAGUGACGGAGCCUGAAAUAAAUCACGAAUCCGGCGUUAGUGGUCAGAGACCCGUGCCCGAGCGGUUAGCCGGAUGAGUCCAUGGACUGCCUGCUGAUAAGUGGUUAUGGUAUUAAUCCGGCCGGAGUAGGUUUUCCCGGGUCGUUGAGCUCGAAGAUGGACGACGCGGCGGCGAGGGAAGACGCCUGUAGAGAGUACCAGUCCUCGCUGGAAGACCUGACGUUCAACAGCAAGCCCCACAUCAACAUGCUCACCAUCCUGGCAGAAGAAAACACCCAGUUCGCCAAGGAUAUCGUGGCAAUUAUCGAAGCGCAAAUAAGCAAGGCCCCGGCCAUCGAGAAGCUGCCUGUUUUGUACUUAGUGGACUCCAUAGUGAAGAACGUUGGAGGAGAGUACCUCGCAGUGUUUGCUAAAAACCUAAUCGCUUCAUUUAUUUGUGUCUUUGAAAAGGUGGACGAGAACACCAGGAAGAGCCUGUUCAAGCUGCGCUCCACGUGGGACGAGGUCUUCCCCCUCAAGAAGCUGUACGCGCUGGACGUCCGGGUCAACGCUCUGGACCCGGCCUGGCCCAUCAAGCCGCUGCCGCCGCCCACCACUGCCAUCCACGUCAACCCCAGGUUCCUGAAGCAGGCUGAGGAGCCGCCCUCUCCGCAGGCGGCCCAGCUUCCGGCGCCGGUGCGUGCCCCCUCACCGACCCCCGGCGCCAGCCAGUCCAGCCUGACCCAGGAGCAGCUGAUCCGGCAGCAGCUGCUGGCCAAGCAGAAGCAGCUUCUGGAGCUCCAGCAGAAGAAGAUCGAGCUGGAGCUGGAGCAGACCAAAGCCCAACUGAUGGGACAGGCUGGGUUUGCAUUACCACCACCGUCUACGGUCUCUAGUCCUGCAGCGUCCAGCUCCCUGUCCAAGCCCGUCAACCAGACCGCUCCUGUGAUCCGGCCCUGGAUCCCCCCCCCGCCCCAGACUGAACCAAAACCUUCCACUAGAGACCCCCGUCUGAACCGCACCGGUCCCCUAGCUGCAAAAAAAGAGAGUCCUCUGGUCACUCCUGACCGGAAACCUUUGGACAAAUCCACCCGGCAGGACAAAACCCGGCCCCCCAGGAAAGAAGUGUUAGAGGACAAGUCCAAGUCUCCGUCUCUGCUGAACAGAAGUGUCCAAAAACCCAGACCGGUGGAGGCGGAACCUCAGAGACCCGCCGAGGACGCCAAGAAGGACCCCAGGCUGAAGAAACGGCUGCAGGACAAAACGUCGGAGACCAGAGAGGACGAGGUGAAGGACAAAAAGCGCUGCAGCGACAAGGAGCGGGACGAGGCCCCGCGGGGACCAGAACCCCCGAGGACCGCCAAGUCCAGACUGGUGAACGGCUCCGUGGCCAAACAGGACCGAGGCGACUCCGCAGACAAGGCCGACUUCAAAACCGGAGGAAACGCCCGAACCCACGCCAGGAAACGGUCUCGCUCGCGCUCCCCCACCGCCUCCCCCAAGAGGAAGGACAGGCGCUCGCCCAAGGGCCGGCCCCGAAGCAGCUCCCCGUCCCACAAACCCGGGAAGCCCAGGAGGGUCCGAGUCGAUGACGUGCAACACGGCAAACUGGGUCGAGACCGACUCGCCCUCAAAAAGACUCAGUCAGAAGGCAGGAGGCCGAAGAGGCCAGCAGAGGACCGCCGCUCCGAGUCCAGAGACUCCCCCCGAGGACACGACGGGGGGGUCAAGGAGCCCAAGGAGGUGCCUCAGCGCUGGAGGAGCGGCUGGGAGGAGAACAAACACCUGAAGCUCCUGGAGGACGCUCGCGCCAAGACCGGUCCUCUGAGACACAAACUGUACGGCACUCCGACCCGUCCCGGCACCCCCAGGACCCCAAAGCAUCGUCUCAGCGUGGACCCUGACCUGCAGAUUCCUGAAGUCCUCAACUCCGCCUCCAAGAAGGACCUGCUCAGGAGGGCUAGCAAGCGUCUGGAGAGCGGCGAGAUCUCCCAGGAGGACUUCCUGAACAUGGCCCACCAGAUCAAACACCUGUUCCAGUACCAGGAGGAGAAGCAGCGCUCCGAGGCCUGGGACGGCGCCCAGAACCAGUGUCCCUCGGCUCAGCCCCGCUCCCACGACGCCAUGGACGCUGCGGAGCUGUCCUACUACGAGCACAAGUCCAAGCUGAGGAAGACGCAGGUCAGCCGCCGGGUCCCUGCCGAGGACACGCAGAACACGUCGGAGGACGCCGGGGACAAAAGCCUGAGCGCUGAACAUCCGUACAUCCACCUGCCGCGGGACAGACCAGGUGAGAGGCGGAGCAAAGAGCUGGAGGAGCCGCGGGCCCCUCUGGCCCCCAUGAUCGAGGAGUACAACCACGGCAAAGAGUUCCCCACGCUCAAGUCUCUGCCGGGACUCCGCUUCAGACGGAGAGCCGACCCCCGCGAGUCCAGAGACACCGGUGAACGGGAGUGGACGUCGCCACUGAUGGAGCGCCAGCCGUACGACGAGGAGCAGAAGAGCGGCUACGAUGCUCCGCGGAGAUACGGCCCCCCCGCUGAGCCUCGCAGACCCGAGGGGCCCCUUCCCUCCAGCACCGGAAGCCUCAGGAACUGUCCCAGCCCAGGUGGUCUGGAGGCCCCGCCUCUUCGUUUUGAGCGGGAGCGCCUAUCACCGCUGCAUCAGAAGGACGUGGCGGACAUGAGUCCGGUCCCACGCUUCGAGAGUCCGAACAGUGAACACUCAGAUGAUGCGCCCCUUGAAGUCCCCCAUCCUCCCUCCAAGUCCAUCCUGAAGGGCCCACCUCGUGGGGGGCCCCUGUCUGCUGUCCGUCCACUGGAAGAGUCCCCAGGACAUACCCCACCUCAUGAAGGAGGACAACCCCCAACACGCUACAGUGGACCCGGACACAUGGGCCCCUCCAGGCCCCACAGACCCGGCUGGUAUGAAGGCCCUGGACGCUACGAGGAGUCUCCGUUUGAGGGGCCACAUCACGCAGCGCUCAGGUUUGAUGCUGGGGGCCCACCUCAUCACAAUGUACCCGACAGAACUGAAGGCCCUGGACCCAGCGACGGGCCCCAUAUGGGUCACGGCCCAAUGAGAGGAGAUGGCAUUGGACGGUUCGAUGGGCCCCCUCAGGGGCCCGUCAGGUUUGGGGCUCCCAUUGGCCAGCAACCCCCCAUCAGGUUUGAGGGACAGGCAGGUGGGUCAGGCCACCUAGAGGGCCCGGGUCAGCACUUCGAAGGGCCAGUUCGGUUCAGCAACAUGGGCCCCGGUCCGAUGGGUUUCCAGCAGCCGCGGCCCCCGCACUUUGACGGGCCCACUAAUCAGAUGGGUCCGAUGAGGUUUGAUGGUCCUGGUCCCACUCGCUUCGAGGGCCCUGCCCAGCUGGGUCCCAGAUUUGAUGUGCCUGGGCCCCUUCAGGGUGGGCCCCCACACUUUGAUUACCCCACUGGCCAGCAGGGGCCCCCGAGGUUCGCCCCCCAACCCAACCUGCCCCCCAUGCAGCCAAUGGCUCCCCCCAUCUACGACACUCCCAUGGCUCCCCAGCAGAACUUUGGCAUGGGCCCCCAACAUUUCCAAGAACCCCUGAACCCCCAGUUCCCUGGGGGGCCCAACCUACAGCCGGCAGGGUCCUUCAACCUGCAGCCGGUCCAGUUCAGCCAGCCGGGCCCCGGGGCCUUCUACAACCCUGCUGCCCCCGCUGGGGGCCUGCAGCAGCCAGUGAACCUGAUGGGUAACCUGAACCAGCCCUUCCUUCCACAAAACCCCGAGCCUUUUGGACUGCAGACUCAUCCGGUCCCUCCUCCAGAGAACCACUUCGGUCAGGUGGACGUCAACGACUUGUUGUCCAAACUCCUCUCCACUGGGAUCAUAAAGUCGUCCUCUCAGCCGGACACGGCGCCGACGUCCACCGCUGAGUCGUCUUCUGCGGCCGCUCAGGCUCCGCCCGUGGAGGAGGAAGAGGAGGAGGAGCCGGAGGUAGAAGAGGAGGACUUCCCAGAUCUGACCAGCUUCAGCAUCGAAGUCAUGAAGCAGCGCUAUGAGAGCGUGGUGACCAAGUUGUACUCAGGAAACCAGUGCUGCCUGUGCAGCAUGCGCUUCACCACCGCGCAGACCGACAUGUACGCCGACCACCUGGACUGGCACUUCAGGCAGAACCAUGCCGGCAAGGUGGCGAGCAAGAAGGUGACGCAUCGCCGCUGGUACUACAGCCUGACGGACUGGAUCGAGUUCGAGGAAAUCGCCGACCUGGAGGAGCGGGCCAAGAGUCAGUUCUUCGAGAAGGAAAACGAGGAGGAGGUGCAGAAGAACCAGGCCGCUGCCAAGGAGAAGGAGUUCCAGAGCGUCCGAGCCACCAAGGACCAAGUGGGAGAGUCGUGUGAAAUCUGCCAGGAGGCCUUUGAGACGUACUGGGUGGAGGAGGAGGAAGACUGGUUCCUGAAGGACGCCAUCAGGGUCGACGAGAAGAACUUCCACCCCGCCUGCUUUGAAGAUUAUAAAAACACGUCUUCGUAUCUGGACGUCACCCCGUCCCCCAGCAAGCUGCUGACCGAACACCCGCUGGGCGCCUACAUCAAGACCGAGGAUGAGGAGGUCACUUCCUGUGACUGCGACGUGGUCAAACAGGAAGUGAAGAGCGAGGCGCCAGAAGUGCCUCAGGAGGAGGAGCAGGAGGAGGAGGCCCGGGGUCAGGAGGAGGUUCAGGCAGACUCGGCCCAGUUGGAGGACGAGGCGUGACAUUCUGCUGCUCCUCUUUGUCCCGUCGGGGACGAAGAGUUUUUACGACUUGAAUACGUUUUGGUAUUUGGAUGUUGGGUCUGUGCUCAGCUGUAAAUGAUUUAAUUUAUAAUUAAAGUAUUUUUGUAACUCUGGUCUGACGCUGAUUGAGUCAUCGCGGCCGGGCGCAGGUGUUGAAGGUAAGCAGCAUCUGAUUGGACGGCGGAGGACGGACCACGCCCUCUUCAAUAAAAAUAAACAUGGAAAAUGUGUGAAACCUGAGUUUUUCUGUCAAUUAGGUUCAAAAAUAAAGUUUCAGUGGAUUUAAACUUCCUGCUGUCCUGCUUUUAUUUUGAAAAGUUAAAAUGAAUUUUAUUUCAUAAAACAGACCAACUGAAAGGGCUCUAAAACUAAACAGCUCAGGGGCCACAGAUGGUGAGAGCAGCAGCUCA